AUGGGGGUAGAAUGUAAGAAGGCCCAGCCCAAGGAGGUGAUGUUCCCACCAGGCACGCGAGGGAGGGCCAGGGGCCUGCCCUACACCAUGGACGCCUUCAUGCUGGGGAUGGGCAUGCUGAGUGAGUAUGGACCAACACUACUCCAGCAAAGUCCAGCACACUACUCAGUCCCACACGGUUACCCUAACAUUGUGGCAACGUACGGUCGUGGAUACACUGGAUUCACCCCCAGCUACAGCUAUCAGUUCCCUGGCUUCCCAGCGACGGCGUACGGACCGGUGGCGGCGGCGGUGGCGGCAGCGCGUGGCUCAGGUAGGGGGGCCCGUGGAAGAGGCGGCUACAUGGCGUACCCACAGAACGCAGGGCCAGGCUUUCCCGAUUACGGGUUUUACUCUGCGCCCAGUGACCAGAGGGGGGCACCCUGCUCCUUUGCGGACUAUGGCUCCCUGGGGCCCCAGGCGGCUCAGAUGCUGCACAGUGAGCAUGCCACCUCCGCCUGCAACUCCCCCCUCCAGCACCUGCACAGCCCGGAUCAGUUUAAGAGCCCAGGGGGAAACCCACCUCGGCCUGGAGGUUUCCCUGGUGCCAACAGCCCUGGGCCUGUAGCCGAACUGUACGGCCCUGGAGGCCAGGACUCCAAUGUGGGCAACUACAUCAGUGCUGCUAGCCCCCAGCCUGGCUCCGGCUUCGGCCACAGCAUGGCACAGAGUCUAUCUGGUGGUCCAGGGAAGACAGGCCGAAGCUUCUAAUUAGCUCUGAGUAUAGGUGAUGUCAUCCAACUUCAAGCACUACAGCAUCACCCAGGAGAAAUAAGAGGAGGUGGAACCACAAAAAAAAAAAAAAAUGUUAAAAUCAUCUCAGAAAAAAAUUAACUGCUGUAUCAUAAUCCAAACCCGUAACCUGACAACCUGGUUUGGUAUGUUUCAUGUUGAUUUCAUUCACUUUUUUCCUUUCUUUUAUUAGUUCUUUGAUUAGCUUCAGAGAGAGGCAUUUUAGUUUCACCUUAUUUGGGAUUUUGUCUUCUAGUGUACUCAUGUAAAUGGUUUUGUCUUCUAGUGUACUCAUGUAAAUGGUUUUGUCUUCUAGUGUACUCAUGUAAAUGGUUUUGCUUCUCUCUUUGGGGGUCAUAGUUGAAUGUUCCCAAGUCAUGCCUACACCUUUGGUACCAAUCAUUUAAACAAAACAGAUCAGAGCUUCAGGUGUCUUUUUGCACAAAAAAUAAAUCCAAAGUGGAAAGGUUUGGGAAAAAAACAUCCAUUUAAUUUCAAAUUACAUAUUCGAGAGUGUAACUAACUAAUGCAUUUUAGUAGCUGUUUUUUAUUUUUGUGAUGUCUCAUUGUUAACCAUAAUUACCUAUUUUUUGGGCAAUACAAAGAGGACUCCAAUAUUUUCAUGGUCCUUUUUUAUAAGUGUUGUUUUUGUUGUUUAGAAAAAAAAUAUGUAUACUAUAAACAAUUUCAUAUAAAUACAUUGUGAAUUCAAGAUUUAAGAAAAAGAAAUGUAACUGUAAAUAUUAUUCCAAUCAUGCAUAACCAACUUGAUGAGAGGAUAGCAUAUUUUUGUGAUGGUGUGUCAAAGAAAUGUCUAGCGUGUGAAUAGAAAAAAAGUUCUAAACAAAUACUAUUAUCCUUUACUGCUCGGAGACAGUGACUACCCCAGUGUCGGACAGAACACUGAUGGCUUGCUCUGUAAAUACUCAAGCUGAAUAACUUUACAAGUGUCAUACCAGCAUAUUUACAAAAGGUGAGUUCAGUGCACAGUUCAGUUCAGUUUUAAAGGAACAAAAAGAUCAUUGGUAUCUUUUGUCUAACCAACUGUUAUUUAGAAAUCAAUAUUAUUUCAAAAAGAGUGAUCAUUUCAUCCAAAGCACACUGUAUUUAGUGUUGAAGAAUAGAACUCGAGCCUAAGCAUUUUACAGUGCUCUGCGCAUUCUGACACUUUUAUACUCCGGAGAGAAAAACUCAACUUGUUUGUAGUUUGUUGUUGUUUGUUUCCUCCUGCUUGUUCCUGUUAAGUUUGGGACGCAGUAUCUGGACUCUGUGGUAGAGUCAGUGUAUAACGCUUGUUCUCUCCAUCAGUUCUCUUUUCAAAUGAAUUAGGAAGGCAAAUAUUUUGAUACCAUACCUCAGUCCUGUGAGUUAUACCUUGGAAUUGUUGACAGGUUUAAUUUAUUUUAGUGGCAAAUAGAUUAAAACAUUGAAUGGAAAAAAUAAUAAAUCAUUGCACUGUGAGCAGUAAAGAAAGAACAGGCCAUUUCCUAUUUGCACAUGUAUAUGUUGGCUAUUUAAAAUGGUUGUGUCUCUGGGGUGAAGUAUGAAGGAUUAUUGGACGUUGCUCCUCUCUAGAAUAGGCACACACAGGGGUGAAUAAACAGAUUGACAGAUCGCAAUUAACUGAUUAAUUACUACCAAUGUUUUGUGGUCAUGUCUUAGGAUUUCAUUGUAUGGUGUAAGUCAACUUCUAAUCUAAAAUAUUGAGAUCCAGCCAGAAGACACUGAAUAAAUGAUUCAUCCUGUUAAUCAUAGCUUGGUGCGCAGAUUUCUUAUGCAGUAUGUGUAGGGACAGGUUUUGCUCGAAUAUAGAGAGACAUUUAAUGACAUGCUUUAAAGUGCAGUAAGAGUUGUAAACAUGAUGAUGGAAUGAGUGGUGUAUAUUCUGAUGAUGUACUUUUCCUGCUGCAAAUGUAUUUGAUAUUUCAUUUCACCUGAUGUUUCAUUUCAUUAGCUCUUUUGUUCAGAACAACCAGGUGAAGGAAAAUACUGGAUGCUUUUGAAUGAUGUGGAGAUAAACAAGUAAUAAUUUAAAUGAGAAAACAGAAGAGAACCGGUGUAAUGUUCAAAUGUAAAA